AUGCAGAAGAGGGAGUUCAAUAAGUCCGGUGGAUCUUACGGCGGAGCCUCCGCUCCUCCGGCGAAGCGAGGCCGUCCAUUCGGAAGCGGCAACAGUAGCGCCGCAGCUGCUGCUGCCGCCGCCGCCGCCGCCGCCGAUCACACCGCAGCUCCGUCGAAUCUCCUCGGUCCUUCUCUCCUCGUCCACAACGCCUUCACCGUUGAAAACAAUAAAAGAAUAGUCCACGCUCUUCAGAGCGGACUGAAGAGUGAGCUGACAUGGGCUUUGAACACUCUCACAUUACUAUCCUUCAAAGAAAAAGAUGACAAUCGAAAAGAUAGCAAUAAUGCUCUUACGAGGAUUUCCGGCUUGCUUGAUGCUCUCCUCACUGUUAUUGAUGAUUGGCGUGAUAUAGCGCUGCCUAAGGAACAUGUGAGGGCACCGAGAGUGAGGAAUUUAGGUGCGAAUUUGCUUGUGACUGGGUUCGGAAAUGAGUACGAGGUGUUGGGGUCAAAUAGCAGUGUCCCACAUCCGGGCUUAGGAUCUGGUGCUCAAGAUGCGUCUAUGCUGAGUAAUGUGAGCAAUCUUCGUUCUUCGGAGUGGUGGCUUGAGGAAGAUGGUCUGUUUAAUCUUGAUGAUGAAGGUAGAGCGGAAAGACAGCAAUGUGCUGUUGCGGCUUCUAAUAUCAUUCGCAACUUCUCUUUCAUGCAAGACAAUGAGACCAUUAUGGCUUUCCAUCGCCAUUGUCUGGAAACAUUAUUCCAGUGCAUAGAAGAUUACAUCACAGAAGAUGAAGAACUUGUGACAAAUGCUCUCGAAACAAUUGUAAAUUUGUCUCCAAUGCUGGAUCUUCAAGUUUUUGGUUCAUCAAAGGCAUCCUACAUCAAGAUGACAGCAAAACGUGCAGUUCAAGCCAUAGUUGGUGUGCUGGAGUCUCCGGUCAAAGCUUGGCAUUGCUCUGCAGCAGAGUUACUUGGGCGUUUGGUCAUAAAUCCUGAUAAUGAACCUUUUCUUCUUCCCUUCAUUCCACAGAUACACAAACGAUUAGUUGAUCUUAUGAGCUUACCAGCAUUUGAUGCACAAGCAGCUGCUGUUGGUGCGCUCUAUAACUUCUCUGAAGUAAAUAUGGACUGCAGACUAAAACUUGCUAACGAGCGAUGGGCAAUUGAUCGACUGCUAAAAGUUAUAAAGGGGCCCCAUCCUAUUCCCGAUAUUUGCAAGAAAGCUGCUAUGAUAGUAGAAAGCCUCGUGUCUGAACCACAGAACAGAGGAAUGCUGCUAGCUUAUGAGAAUGCAUUUGCAGAAGUACUAUUCUCAGAUACCAGAUGUUCUGAAAUCUUUGCCAGAAUUUUGUAUGAACUGACGUCUAGACCAAACAACAAAGUGGCAGCAGCCCGUGGUAUUUGGGGCAUGUAACGAAGAUGCGCCUCUUGGUAAGUAUAUUAGAUUGUUACUGUUCUGAGAACAAAGUCUAGGAUUUAGUCUAUGUAGCAGUUGACUUGAGAAACAACUAGUCAUAAUUUUAAGUGGCAAUUCAAGUGCUCUUUUAAGUUUAUUGUGAUUUAGAAGUGUAGUGUCUAGAGUCAUCAGAAACUACACUAGUGCUCAUAUGUUUCUGUCCUGAAUUG